AUGGCGCAACAAUCUUCGAAACCGAAAUGGAAGGUUGGAUCCUUCUUCCAGCAAGCAGUCGCCGGCGUAGAGUCGAGACUGGACCUGAUUUUGGCGGAAGAAGAGGAGCAACAACAGUCGCAAUCUAAAUCCGCGACUGGAAAACCCAACCAGAGCGGCAACAUUUCUCGGAGUUCAUCCAAUGCGCGCAAAAACGACCGCCUUCAAGAACGUCUAGCGCGAGCCGUUGUAAAGAACAAUGCGCCGGGAAAUGUCAGCUCAUCCUCCCCUCCGAGCCGUGUCGCUUCGCCCGUCGCCAGUCUGACAGCCAGCAAUGAUGCGCGUUCAAGUUUGGAUGUCGAAUCGAAUUCCGAGUCCCCAGAUAAAGCCGAGAAGCUUCCCCAGAGCCCUCCACCGCAAGAAGAAACGGUCGACCCGAGAACCAGCCAUGAUUCGAGCGUUCCUUCACGAAAUUCGAAAGAGAUUACCGCUCCGUCUACCGAUGAUGCUACAUCUAGGGACAAUGGGACUGAGAUUGUAGCCGAAACCUCCGAGGAUGCGGCUGGUCCUACGGAUCCACCAACAGACGAACCGACCGAACCUCCACGUACGUCAGGAGAAACUGCAGAAACCACCACAGUUACCACAGUCAACGGCGACGAGAAAACGGUCGCGCAGUUGAGGGAAGAACACAAGGCGGCCGAAUCGCGAUGGCAGGAAGAGAUGUACGGGUACAUCGAGCGGAUCGAUGCCUUGCAGUCUAAGCUGAAGUAUCUUGCCAAAGACGCUGCAGACUCUGCGAAGAAAGCAGCAGCGACAGCGGACCCUGGAAGUGUCGAAAAGCAGCUGCGAGAGAAGGAUGAGCGAAUAGCAUUGCUGCUGGAGGAGGGACAGAAACUUUCAAAAACCGAGAUGGACCACCGGACAGCAAUCAAGAAGCUCCGACAGCAACUAUCGGACAAUUCGAAACUCCAAACGGAACAGAAAAAGAAGACCGACCGGCUGGAAAGGGAUCUCGCUAGUGCAGAAGCGCGGGCUAAACGAGCGGAGGCGGCAGAGAAAAGGGCAACCGGUUCUCUCACUUCCCAGUCGAAGAUUUCCCGAGAUCUUGAUGCAGUUACUUCCGAGCGGGAUGCGCUAAGCCAGACUGUCGAGGAGAUGAAAGGCCAGCUUGCUAGAGCCGUUGCGCGCGCCGAAGAUGCCGAGGAGAAAGCCCAUUCGGAUGCCUUGGAACAGGAAAAGCGACAUGCUUCCGCACUGGAAGAGGAGCUGACUAGCAUUAAGAUUGAGCGUGACAUCACCGAGGAGAAAUUCAGGAGAGAGAUCAGUGACCUGAAAGAGGCCAUUGGACAAGAAAAGGAGAGAGCUCGGAUGUUAGAGGCUGAGCUGAAAGGCGAGCAGUCGAUCCUCGAGAGUAAGAUGGAGUCGCUUCGUUCAAAGGCAGAGGAAGCCUCGUCUGGGGUCGCCAGUGACACCCAGGCCAAGCUUCUGCGACAGAUCGAGACAUUGCAAACGCAGUAUGCCGUGGCCAGUGAGAACUGGCAGGCUCUAGAGGGCUCGUUGAUGGCGCGACUGGCCAAUGUCGAAAAAGAGCGAGAUGAAGUUGCCAAGCGAGAGGGGGAGUUGAGACGCAAGAUCCGCGAAGUGAGCCUCAAGGUCAAGAAAACAGAAGAAGAACUAGAGAAUACCAAAGAAACCGAGCAGGAUCUGGAGAACAAACUAGAAGAACGCGACCAAGAGCUACAGAAACUAGAGCAGAAGCUACAGAAAGCCGGCGACGAUCUGAAGGCAGCACAAAACGAUCUCGUCGAACAAAAGAAGGUGUGGGAUGCGACGUGGACGCAGAAGCUCGAAGAAGAACGGUCCAAGAUACGCGACCACUCUCCCUCGCCUAUGCAUCUGCUCCGGACAGAAUCCCCCGUGGGCUUCAGUCGCCGAUCGAGCAACCUGGAGCCCGUCGGCUCUCUGUCCGACCACCGGCCCACGAGCCGUCGUCCCUCGACCUUGCAAAUGGCGUCGUCAGAAAUCGGCACUCCUCCGCGACAGAACUCAUUCCCGGCUUCUGUCGCAAACGGUGUAUCGAUCCACCAAAUCCCCGAAACCCCUGGGAUCUCUUACGAGCCGGAUGAGUUCUUCACAGGCAUAGGCACCCCGUCCGCUCACGGAGGCGCGCAGUCGCGCGGAAUCAACGACAUCAUUUCCGAGUCCACCGUCGGUGCCGGUCCCUCCGUUCAACUGGUCGAACGUAUGAGCGCCACGGUCCGUCGACUAGAGAGCGAGCGAGCAGCGUCGAAAGACGAACUUGCCCGAAUCACGACCCAGCGCGACGAGGCCCGACAGCAAGUUGUCGACUUGAUGCGGGAGUCGGAAGAGAAAAAGGAAUCUGACGAUCGGAUCCAGGAGCUCGAGAAACGAUUGGAAGAUCUCGACCGGCGGUAUCAGACCACGUUGGAGAUGCUGGGUGAGAAGAGUGAGCAGGUGGAAGAGCUGCAGGCUGAUAUUACCGAUCUCAAGAAGAUCUAUCGUGAGUUGGUCGACAGUACUAUGAAAUGA